CACACACCACAGAGUAUACUAAUUUAAAUAACAGUGCCAUUCACGCAUACUUUACCUAAGUAAUUAAGAAGUGUUAUUUACAACUACAGUUUGAAAUUAGGUUAAUGCCUAAGAAUUCUAUGCAUAAAAACAUCAUUUAUUAUCCUUUCAAGAAAAUAGAUGAAUUUUUAAAGUAUGCUUGGGAUUAAUAAUGGCAUAAUUCGCAUCACGGCCCCUAUGGUGUUGUCGAUAGCUUCGAUCAAACUCAGGCACUUUUAUUUUCUAAAGUUCUACAACCAAGCAAAACACUCCAACCAUUAAUUUUAGUCGCAAUAUUUUAUCUCGUAUUUUAUAUGGGGACACUUCUUAUUAUUGAUGAAAUUUGCUUGCGUUAUUCAGUCGCUUACUGAAAUAGUUUGGUAAUAAUUUUUGAUUCUAAAGGAAUUCGAACACGGAAAUGAGGAAGGGGCGUUAUCCGCACUUUUAUAAAUGUUAAUUUUAAAUUUGAGUUAAUUAUCAUGUAGUAAUUGUCCAUUAUAUCGAAGAGCGAUGUAAUGUUACGGUGGUUAAACUGAAAGUUAUUGCAUUAAAGUUAUACAUCAUGAUCAGUUUAUUUUGAAAUGCGUUCUUUAACGAAAAAAUUGUAUCAAUUUGGAAGGGCUGUGUGUAUAAAGAGUGAAGAUUAGAGUAGGCAAGGCAAGUUGGUACCCAUCCAUCAAUCAGUAUGAAGGUAGUAAUUGUGAUAGCGCUGUCACUAGUUUCAUUAGUUGCUAGUCGACCUGGUGGAUCUUAUUUGCCACCUUCAUCAUUUCCCGAUGGAUCAUAUUUACCGCCGUCAUCAGGUUAUUUACCAGCCGCACAAGAUGUAGAACAUAAGCACGUUUAUUUCUACGGCAGCCCAAAUGGCGAUCUCUACGCCAAGCUAAGGAUUAAUGUUAUACCCGCAUCUCACAAGAGCACCAAGAUCAUCUUUGUAAAGGCCCCGGCAACACAAAUCGUUCCAGAAGUGCACGCUCCUGAAUCCAACGUUGAAGAUAAAACAUUGGUUUACGUUUUGACGAAGAAACCCAAAGACGAAUCGAUCACCAUUCCCACCGGCCUGAAUGUUAAGCAAGAGCAGCCUAUGGUUUUCUUCAUCAAAUACAAUAACAAAAACGACGCAGCCCCAUCAGUUAGUGCGGGAGUAAAAGGGGAACAAGCUGGAUGGCCCGUUCCGAAUAUUGACGGAGAACACGCGUUCGUAGGUACUCUCGGUAACGGAGAUAGUAAAGGGUACGAAUAUGGGGCUCCAAGUGGCCCUUACUGAUGUAACUGCAUUUUCCCUUGUCUCUGCU